CUGUCCUCUGGUAUCUCCCCAAUAACUGUGUCUCUUUCUCCCUCCCCCCCCUCCUCUCUCUCUCCAACAGGAAUCCUGGACCUUCCAGAUGUCAUCACCCCCAGCAGCAGAGAUGUCUCCUCCCCACCAGGACGGUCAUCAGAUGUCGGUGAGCAGAGCAGCAAAGGGACCUCAGAGGACACCACCCUGCCUGAUGAGGAUGUACUGGGGAAUCAAAUGGUACCUGCAGUAGCUGGGAGUGAGCUCAAUGAGGUGGACCCCACUGGGCCUCCUGCCCAGACAACAGAGUUCUCCCGGCCUCGUCGCUUCUCAUCUCUGCAGUGUCAGCCUCAGAGGGACGAGGUCAGCCGGCUGCGGGCCUCCUCUGGUAGGAGCAAGACCCAGCAACACCAGGAGGCCCUUGGCUUGCCCAACAUUGGAAACAGCUGCUUCCUGAACGCGUCCCUGCAGUGUCUCUACAGCCUGCCCUGCUUCUGCAGUGACAUCACGGGGCAGGAGGACCUCUGGAGCCCCCGGAGAAGAACCAAGCUGAAGCUGCUGAGGUACUUGGGGGAGCUAUAUAAAUCCCGGCAGGGUGAGGGCUCCUACAAAGGCAAGCGCCGGCUCCUUUGGUCCAUCAAGAGCAGUCUGGCAGAGUUCAACGAGGAGUACGAGCAUAUCACUGAGCAGGAUGCUCAUGAGUUCCUGCUCCUCCUCUUCAUGAAGAUGAAGAUGGAAGGUGAGACACUGCAGGAGAUCUCCACGUCACCCAGCUAUAUCUGCCCCGUCCAGAACUUUGAGUUCAGACUGCAGUGUGUACGCACCUGCACCAGCUGCGGUGACAAGGUCUUCCAGGAGGAGGAGCAGAACCACUUGUCCUUGGACCUCCACCCGUCGUUGAUAGCUGGCCUCCAAUUCUACUUCAAACCUUCAGAGUUGGAGUGCACCUGCCGGCAGUGCUCUGGAUGCCAGGCAACAGCGGUUCGGCAUUUCCUCACUCUGCCCAGAGUGUUACUCCUUCACAUGAAGCGCUUCCACCACGACGGGGCACGGUUGAGGAAGGUGACCGAUGCUGUCAGCGUUCCUCCAUGGCUGUCUCUGGCCUCCCUCGUUGGAGAGCAGGGUGCUGCAGCUGGGAUAGACCCACUGAGAUCAAGUUAUGGAGAGGGGGAAAUCGCAUCUGGAGCAAAACCAAGUGCAAACAUGGCAGCAGUGGAUCAUCUUGACAGUGCAGGAGACAGGGACAGAGGUCUUCAGGAAGUUCAUGGGAAGGAUCACAGCAACCAGAGCACCUACCGUCUGUCGGGGAUGGUCUCUCACCUCGGGGAGAGCAUCAACACCGGCCACUACGUCAGUGACGUAGCUCGAGAGGACGGCGCCGGAUGGUUGACCCUCAACGACGCCCGUGUGACGCCCGCGGAGACGCCGGUCCUGAGGACCAGAGAGAAGACCGCCUACAUGUUGUUUUACGUCCUAAGUGGAGCAGAAGAGGGAAGCCAUGUCCCACUGGCUCAGAACCAGGAGCCAUCUGGAGCUGAGAGGGACUGACACCUGUGAGGCCCAGGAGAGCGCUUGAUUGGUGGCAGAGUUCCCGUUGUCCGCGGAAACACUGAUUGGUGGUGCCUCUACAGCCCGCUCUGGGGGCCACACCCUGCAGCCCCCCUCUACAGCUGAGGCCCACCUUUAAACGCCCCCCUAGGGGCCACACCCUGAAGCCCCCCUCUACAUCCCCCCCUAGGGGCCACACCCUGAAGCCCCCCUCUACAUCCCCCCUAGGGGCCACACCCUGAAGCCCCCCUCUACAUCCCCCCUAGGGGCCACACCCUGAUGCCCCCCUCUAGGGGACCUGAGGCCCCUCUCUACACCCCCCUCUGGGGGCCACACCCUGCGUCCCCCUUCUACAGCCCCCUCUAGGGGCUAACCAACCCCCUCUACACCCCCCUCUCGGGGCCCUGCGGCCCACCUCUUUGGACUUUAAGGCUGAUCAUAAUGAGGAUCACUUUAUUUUUAUUUUGUAUCAUAAUAAUGAGGAGCAUAUUCAUAUUAUGUAUAAUAAUAAUGCU